GUGAGACAUCACUAAAUCGUAGUGCAGGUGUACUCAGGUGACAGUUCUGUUUUUAAAACCUCUUUUCCGGAAUAAUAGCAAAAAAUGUCGGGAUUAUCAGCAGAAAAUGAAGAUAAAAGCCUCCCGGUGCUUUUCCAAGAAGGUCUCGACCUUUACAACCACAUAGAAACUUUAAAUGAACCGACUAACAGUUCAAAUUUUCAGAGUUAUGUAAAAAGGACUAUGAAAAUGUUUGAAGACGCAACACGUUUGGUUUCGAUGGCGUCUCUUUUUAGUACAAAUGAAACUUUAGAGGAUAUCCCAACAGAAAAUCUUCAAUAUUUAAUGUUACCUGCCUUAUUGGGUACUUUAAGCUUAAAAUUAACAGGUGGAGAACGUAAAACAACGAUAGAUGUAGCCGAAGUUUAUUAUAAAGACUUCCUGCAAAGAAGUAACGAUUAUGGAUUAAGUAAUUAUGAUUUUAAUGAACAGAAAAAAGAAAGUUUUGAGCCACGAUCGCAAGUUGAUGAUUUAAGACACUCUGUAAAUACCAGAGCCGAUAAAAUCCAGCGUUUUCUUAAACAAAAAGAAUUAAAAAAGAAACUGGAAGAUUUAAAAAUAAACAUGAAAAAUGAAAAUGUUGAUGAUGAAACUAAAAGAAGUUAUUUUCUUACUAUGUUAGAACUUUUCAUUUAUGAAGCUAUCGAUGAACUAAAAAGUAUUGAAAUGGAAAAACCCAUUUUGGAACAUAUGGCCAAAUUAGGACAAAGAGAUGAAAAACCUUUAAAAAGACCACCUCCACCUCCAUUAAAACCAAUAAUUAUUACAAGAGAUGAAGUUCAAAAAGCUGUUUUUGGAGCUGGAUAUCCUGCUUUACCCACAAUGACUGUGCAGGAAUUCUAUGAUAAACGAGUUCAAGAUGGAGUUUUCCCCGAUCCAACAAAACCUAACAAUACACCAAUGAGCAUGCAACAAGCCGCUCUGCAAGGUGUUUCAUUACAUGAUGAUGAUAAAGAAGCUGAGGAUGAAGAAAAGAAAAUUGAGGAAGAUGAUCCCGAGAAUAUUGAAAGAAUGAGAGCUAGAGAUGAAUUUAAAGAUGAACAUAGGAGGGGUUGGGGAAAUAGAAUGAAUAGAAGUUAAAUGAAAAAUUUUGAAAUGAAUGUUUAUUUGUAUUAUAAUUUUUGUGUAUUUUUGA